GAAAACAGCAAACAUGCCUGAAGGAGGAAAAGGAGGCGUAGCGAAGAAGGGUUCCAAGAAAGCCGUUGCUAAGAGCUCCACCAAAGGUGGCAAGAAAAGGAGAAAGUCCAGGAAGGAGAGCUAUGCCAUCUACGUCUACAAGGUCCUGAAGCAAGUCCACCCCGACACCGGUAUCUCUUCAAAGGCGAUGGGCAUCAUGAACUCUUUUGUGGGCGAUAUUUUUGAGCGUAUCGCUGGUGAGGCCUCCAAGCUGGCUCACUACAACAAGCGCUCCACCAUCAGCUCCAGGGAGAUCCAGACUGCUGUCCGCCUGCUCCUGCCUGGAGAGCUGGCCAAGCAUGCUGUGUCUGAGGGCACCAAGGCUGUGACCAAGUACACCAGCUCCAAGUGAACACUUCAACUGUCCAACCAACCAAAAGGCUCUUUUAAGAGCCACUCACACUGUCUUUCAGAGCAAGUUCUAUAUUUUAAAUAUAUGAGCAGUGACACUGUAAUGAUACUCUACAAUACCAUCAAUUGUCCAGUUAGUCAAUAUUCAUAUAACUUAAGAAUGAAAGUCUUCUAUUGGUCUAGAGGGUAUAACGUAGGCUUUUAAAAUAGUGUCAUCAAACAACAGACUAACACACACCACAUGUAUGAGUUGUAAGUCAGAUUGUUUGAUGUGUUACAGUCUGAACUAUAUGGUUACCUAACCACCUACCAGACAUCCACAUUUUGCUUAACAGUUCCCAACCCAUGACCCAACUGAUUGAGUGUCUAAUGUCCCAAAUGAAAAUAAAAGUC